GCGCAUGUGCACGACAAAGUCCCUCUCUAAACUUGUGUGCGUGUUGACUAGAUUGUACAAGUUGAUCUACUAUGGCUCAAUCUACAGAUAACCCUGAUGAUUUAUUUUUGAGAGCAAGGAAAUUGUUUGAUGAGAGAAACUAUAUAGAUGCUGAAAGUAUUUGCCAUAAAUUACUGUUACUCUAUGAGACAGCAGAACGUAAAUCGAGAGAUAAAGCACAUGCGCUUAAUAUGUUGGGUGCGUGUCUGUAUCGCCAACAUAAAGUGAGCGACGCCGUAAAGUUUACGGAACAGUGUUUGUCUAUUGUACGAGAUAUUACACCUCAAAACGAAGAGUUUCUGUCUAAUGUGUUACACCUAAUGGGAGGGUGUCUAUACCAUCAGGGCAACUAUGAAAGAGCAACAGAACAUUUAAGAGAGUCACUCAACAUCAAGCGAAGAUUGUCUUCUGUGGACAAAGUCAUAAUGACAGCAACUUAUGCUUAUUUGUCACGUUGCCUUCUUUCUCAAUGUCUAACAAGAGAAGCAGAAGAUGUGAUGAGAGAAGGUUAUGGUUUAGCAUUCAGCAUGGAUGACAAUGUUGUGAAAGCACGAGCUGCUACUCUACUGGCUUAUGCAAUUCAACUAAAUGAAGGAACAGAAGAGGAAGUGAAAACAUUGUUACAACAGGCUGAAAGAUGGAUUCAAAUGGUGGGAGAAGGACGAGGCAAGGCACUUGUGUUGAGUGAAAUGGGAGAAGUAUUGGUGAUAAGGGGUGACUACAAGCAUGCGAAUAGGAUACUGCAGGAAGCAGCAACAAUGCAAAGACACUUUUUACCAACCAACCAUCAUGACACUGCUUUAACUCUUUGUCGUAUGGCAGAGUGUCAAGUGAAACAAGACCAACAAAUGGAUGCUCUGCCAUUGUUCCACGAGUCAUCAGAAAUGAUGAGUAAAUCAAUGGGUGUGGAACACCCAAUAAGAGGAAGAAGUUUAUUUGGUGUUGCUAAAGUCCUUCUAAGACAACAGAAGUGGCAAGAAGCAGAAACCAUCCUAAAGGAAAGUGUCAAUAUUUUCCAUCCCACAACAAGUGCAGCAAUUCGAGAUCUGAACUAUUGCUUACGAAUGCUAAAGAAAGAUCAAGAAGCAGUCGACAUUUUGCAACAACAUCAACGAGUUGUUUCUUAUCAUCAAGUCGAGCAUCAAGCAAGUGCAUGUCAAGUUGAUGAUUUACAAAAAGAGUUGGAGCAGCUCAGAGAAAGCAAUCGAGCCAUUCAAGCAGAGAAAUCUGCUUUACAGCUGCAACAACAACAACAACAAGAAAUUAAUGAUAUGAGAAGCACAAUAGAAGAACUGAGAAGACAAAUUGAUGUCUUGAGGCACGAGGUGCAAGAGAAGCACACGACUAAUGAACGUCUGGCAAGAGACUUGCAACGAAGUGAAAGAGCAUGGCAGGAGCUGCAACAACUUCAACAUCAAUAUGACAGCGUUAUACAGAUCCAUGAUGACAGUUUACACAUGACUGGAUUAAAGUUGGGAGAAGGAGCUUAUGGAGAGGUUGGUGUUGGCAUGUGGAGUGGUGUAGGAGUUGCUGUCAAGACAUUUUAUGAAGAACCAGUUAGAGUAGAUGAUCUCAACAUUUCAUUCAUUCGACGUGAAGUGUCGGUGUCCAGUCGUGUCCAUCACCCCAAUGUCGUGUCCAUCUGUGGAGCUAUCAUUGAGAAUGAAGUUCCUCUUCGUAUCAUCAUGGAGCUUUUGGAAGGAUCACUGAAAGAUGUGAUCAGAGCUGCUUUGAGAAGCAGAUAUCUAUCCAUGAGGGAACAAGUGGAUAUAGCUGUGGGAUGUCUGUGUGGUGUGAUGUAUCUUCACCAGCUGCAGCCUGCUCUUCUUCAUGGAGACAUUCGCUCUACCAACAUUCUCAUCAGCAAUACCAUGGAAGCCAAAAUUGGUGAUCUGGGCUCUUGUCACUUUUCUAACGAGUCACUUUCUGUUGGUCCUCUCAGUCCACAAUACAUUGCACCAGAACGAGUUGUGGAAGGUCGUGCAGCGACUCCACACAACACAACAGAAGCUGACAUGUACAGCUUGGGAGUCACGCUUGUUGAGUUAUUCACAGGAAUAGGUGCAGAGAGGAGAGUGCGUGAGAGUCAGUUUCGAGCUGUUCCUUAUGUUCCACUGCAGGACAUUUGCUAUGCUAUGGCAGAAGAGAAUCCACGUGAUCGCAUUUCUGCAGCAGCAGCUCUCAUGCAAGUGAAUGUCGUGAAGCAGAAUGAUGAGUACACUUCAUGUCCUCCCAAAAGGAUGGUGAAAGGCAAGAAACACAAAGAAGAAAAAGUGACACUCGUAGAGAUGCCGUGGAUGUGACUUAGGAGCAGAUAAUUGUGAUGUAUUUGUUUGUCUGUUUGUCUCAAUUUAUCCAACUUUGCUGCUUGUUAUAAAUGCAAUAGAUGAUGUUGCAUGUGUGUAGUCUGCUGUGCACAUGAGUUGACAUUGAACUUUUUGAUAGUCUAGCGGUCAGUCUCACAGGUUUUUACAGUUUGUGUUGAUCAUGUGAACUACAGUAAAACGUUUGACUCUAAAUGAAGAUUUUUAUACACUACACAACAAACACCUACUCACCUCUCAAAUAGAGACAAACUCACAAACAUGGAACAGACAGACAGACAACAAACAGCUACUAAUACACAAACAUAUAGCCAGACAGAAGACCAACCUUCUAAUGAUGCAGCCACCUCUCCACAUGAGAGCAAUUGAUCCAUAGUUGAUGUCCAAUUGUAUUC